AACACAUCCAGGCAAACUACUAGACACUAGCAUGGAGAUCAAGCCAGCACUCCUCCUUGUUGCCUGCUUGUUAUUGGGCAUCAGCAACAGAGGCACUGCAGCAACAUGCAGAACUUCAGAUAUUGUUGUCCAGACAGAGAGUUGGCCCGAUCCGGCAGGAACGCCAGUGUACUAUGUGAAUCUGGUGAAUAACUGCGGCUGCACGCAGAAGAACGUGAAACUGGCAUGUCCAGGGUUUAACUCUUCCGUCGAGGUCUACCCGGCCGCCGCCAUCAAGCCGGACGGCGACGGCAAGCUCUGCUCCCUCUACAGCGGCGCACCGGUUAGGCCUAAACAGACGAUCUUCUUCAACUACCGGUACACGAGUACCAAGUUCAGCUUCGAGCCCGUCUCCUCCACCAUUGUAUGUUAGACAAUGCGAAUAAAUGACAUCUUCUUCUUUUUUGCAAAAACCGAAUAGCGAAUAAAUGAUAUCAUGGUCAUAUCAGAAAUAUGUUUCCAUAGUAGUGCCAAAAAGAUCCAUCUCUAUUCAGGUAAUAAAUAAAAGAUUUGAUGUGUAA